AUGGCCACAGUAAACGAAAAGGAGCCAUCCCAGACUCAGAGCAAAAUACUCAAAUUGCUUCCUUCUUUCUUGUUGCCAUAUGCUGAAUUAACACGAAUCCACCGCUUGUUGGGAAUAUACCUCAAUACUUCCCCUUAUUUUGUCGGUAUAGCCUUUACUGCAUCAAUUGCGCCAGACCUUCCAGUGUCUAUUCUGCUCCAUCGCCUUGUGCUAUUAUCUGUUUGGUCUUUCUUCCUACGCUGCGCUGGAUGCGUUUGGAAUGAUCUCAUCGACUCAGACCUAGAUGCACAAAUCACUCGAACAAAAUCCAGGCCGCUGCCACGAGGUGCCGUAUCAAAAGGGAAUGCUGCCAUUUUCACCGUUACCCUCUUUGCCUGUGGUAGCUCAGUUUUGCUUUUUCUUCCGUCGCAAUGCACUAUUGAAGCUAUCAUCAAAAUCUUCUUCGCCCUUCUUUAUCCUUUCGGCAAGCGAUUCACAGAUUACCCCCAGGUAACUCUGGGGAAUAUCGGGUGGGCCAUCCCGAUGACAAUGCAUAGUCUAGGAGUCAAUCCUCUCGAUCAUCUUUUGCCCACCGUGUGUAUGUUCUUGUUCAUUGCCACAGUCAUCAUUAUGGUCGAUGUGGUCUAUGCGUGCCAGGACACCGAAGAAGACAUGAAAGUCGGCGUGAAAAGCAUGGCUGUUCGAUUCCGGAACUCCAUUCCUAUUCUGACAUAUGGACUAUUCUAUAUAUCCACUGCUCUCUUUGCAUCCGCUGGGCUGCUCACUGGCCUUGGCCUCCCCUUUUUUGUUGUAUCCGUUGGUGGACAUUUCUUUGGGUUCAAGAAUCUCCUCAAGGCAACCCAAAUUGAGAACUCCUCGGGACUGGAGCAUAGUGCAAAGGUAUACUGCUUAAUAAGUAGUAUCUUCUGGGUGCUUGGGUUUGGCAUUGAGUACUGUCUGCGCGGGAACUAA